AAGCGGCCGAGCUGUCCGAAGGACGCAUUGACAAUCCCUAACCUAUAGGCGCAUCGCCGCCGCCUUUUUUUAAUUACAGCCUGCUGUGCCGCCCACCGUGCCAACCAUGUCGGCGUUGCGAUUACAAUUCAAUACGACAAUAAAUUUACCCAUCUUCUUAAAUUCGCCAUGCGACGCGUCUUAAAACUUCUGCCCUGAGGAUUGGUGCACUUCCGGUCAAUUCAUAAUAGCAAGAUGCAUUUCUCUUCAAUGUUGUUCGGCCCUUUAGGCUUACUGGUCGCUACCACAAAUGCGAUCAGCUUGCCUCGCAAUUCAUCGGUCCCGAUCAACCAGCGCAGCGCUCAAGAGGUUGUCAAACAACUCAACCUCAUCCCCAACGAUGAGAAGGGCUACUACAUUCAAACCUUUGAGGACCCGGAUUCCGUCAUAAGGGACUCGAACAAUAGCACGCGAUCCGCUAGCACCGCCAUUUACUACUUACUAGAGGGAGCGGUGGGAUCGUCGUAUUGGCAUCGCGUCGAUGCUGUGGAAGUUUGGCACUAUUAUGCCGGAGCACCGUUGACUCUGUCGUUGUCCAACAACGAUGGCAAGCCCCCAGUAGAGAAAGUACUCGGUCCCGAUGUCUUCAAUAAUCAACAACCUCAAGUCGCAAUUCCGAAGGGUACGUGGCAGAGCGCUUUAUCUCACGGGGAUUGGACAUUAGUUGGAACUACCGUCGCCCCCGGUUUUGUCCCCGAUGGCGUGGAAUUAGCACCACCUGGAUGGGAACCAAACGGUGCGUGAAAGACCUAAGGCAGUAUGUACACCCAUGCAUACCGCGCCCUGAACCACAGUAGGAUUCUACAUGUCCUCUGGUCACGCUUGGAGGCGGCAGUCCUUCUUUCAAUCCUCUUAUGCAUAUUCUUUCAUCCCGAUAGAAAACCGGGUAAUCAGUAAUGUUUUUAAACAUUGUGGGGCACAAAAUCACAUUCUUCAUCAUCAUGUGCAUUGCAACACGAGCAAAUACAGUGAUGCCUUAUCAUGAGAAAUUUCGGUAUAUAACUAAGUAGCUAUCCGUACUUUGGUGCAAGCUCUACGUCGUCUUAAUAUUCUCCAUCACUCCCUCCCGGAAUUUAUAGUCUUCCCCUAGGACUUUGGUAGCUACGUUGUCAAGCUGAACCCAAAAUAGAUUUCCCUCUUCACUGUCGG